AUGUCAGCGGAGGUGGCUGCAGAGCCCACCGGCCCAGCCCCGAGGCAGGUUGUCUAUUGUGGAGUCUGCUCCCUUCCUCCUGAGUACUGCGAAUUCGGUGGCACGGCGAAGAAAUGUGAAGAAUGGCUGGAAAACAGCCACCCUGAUCUACAUCGAAAACUCUAUUCAGAAGAGGUCUUGAAUGCCAAUCUAUCGGCGCUGUCCGUGGACGCACAGAAGAGAGCGGACAAGGAUGCAGCGAAGAAGACAGCCAAGGCAGCCGCCGCCGAGCAACGCGAAGCCGAGAGAAAGGCAGAAGCGAUAGUGCUUAUCAAGCGAGUCGAACGAAACAAGCGGAAGUACGUGACGGUGGUGUCCGGGUUGGAAGAGCACGGUUUGGAGCUGAAGAAAGUGGCCAAAGAAUUGGGCAAGAAGUUCGCAACUGGAAGCAGUGUCACCAAGACCGCGGCCGGUGGCGAGGAGAUCACGGUGCAGGGUGAUGUUAGUGAUGAUCUUUACGACUGGCUGCAAGAGAAAUACCCCGAGAUCCCCGAAGAUAACCUGGAUAUGAAGGAUGAGACGAAGAAGAAGAGUGCCAGUUGA